ACCCCACUCACCAUCCUCCCCCAUUUCUUGGUUGUCGGCGGAGGCGAACGAGGAACCCUAGCCGCCGGAACAUCCGCCGGAAGGACCGCCCACAUCCGCAAGGCCGGCGACGAUGGUGGCGGCGGUUCGGUGCGCGGCGAGGAGGCUCGGUGGCUCCCUGCUCCAGCGAACGCAGGCGGCGGUCGCGGAUGAGGGACGCGGGCUCGCGCCAAGCAGGCUCAUGCGCUCCCGCCAGCUCUCCACCAAGCCAACAACGCAGGCGGCGGUCGCUGAUGAGGGACGCAGGCUCGUGCCAAGCAGGUUCAUGCGCUCCCGCCAGCUCUCCACCAAGCAUGCUGCAGACUCUACACGCCAGAUCCAGCACAAGGAGGAGGAGCUGUCUGGUGUGCUGUCUAAGGCUAACGGGCAGCAUCUUUCUGCACAAGCCGCUCAAAGUCCAGUCGAGCCUCGUCAUACAGGCCGUCGCCGUUAUCGCUGUCGUCGCUGCUGCUGCUGCUGUCGUCGAGGGGCACCACGGGCACGGCCGGCGCAGCCAUCGAGUCCUCGAGCGCGGCGUGGUACCCGGGAAAGUCCUCCGGGUCCUCCGGGUGAACGGCGCCCGGGGCGACCUGAAGGUACUCCUGAACGAGCGGCGGCGGCUGCGGCAUGUUCUCCGACUCACGGAGCGCUGUCAGGUAGCCCGGCAUGUCGUCCGGGUCGCCGGCCUCCGCCGCCAGCUGCCUGUACUCCGCCACCAAUGCCGGCUCUGGCGGCUGCUGCGGCUCGGGCGGAGGGGCGCGGCUGGACCCUGCGCCGUUCCUGCCCGCCAUACGGCGAUCGCCGGGGCCGAGGCGGACAGCGCCGCGGUCACCGCCUCGGCCUCCGCGGGGCAGGGGCGGGUGCAUGGCGCCGAAGUCGAGGCGGGCGCGGGUCGAGCGCGCCUCGCCGCGGCGGUACAGCUGAGAGCUGUCCCCCGGCGGAGCAGGCACGACGCCGGCGACCGCCUACACGCGGUACAGCGCGACCACCUCCUCGAAGGUGCGGCCGUCCCAGAGCUGAUGCCGCCGCGCGCGGUUGUGCUUCGUGGGGGGGGGGGCGCGGGCCGGCAUAGGCGUGGAGACACCGUAGCUGAUCGUCGGCGAGGCGGUCCUCCUAGCCGGGGUUGUUGGGGGCGUACUGGGGGUCGGCGAGCUCCUCCGGCGACAGGCGCGCCCUGUACAGGCCGACGGCGCGGGCGAAGAGGUGGGUGCCGACCUCGGGCACCGGCGCAACGGGGACGCCGUCGAUGCUCAGGCGCCACCUCGCCGGCAGGCGCACGUCGGGCGCUGCGGGGAUGCCGAAGUGGGCGAGCUCCUCCGCCUCCUCCAUCGUCAAGUUGGGGCGGGUCAUCGUCGGUGAGAGGGAGUGGCAGGGCGCGCGAGGUGGUGAAGGGCGCAAGAGGAGGAUGCCGGCGACAUGGGGGGAGAAGGAGAGGCGAGGCGAGGGCGGUGUGCGAGCCGACGGAGGGCGCGAGGCGCUUUUUAUAGGGCGUAGUGGUGGUUGGGGCGGGGGGUGCCGGCGAUCAAUGCCGGUGGGCAGCCGAGCGGUCAAAGGGCGCAGAAGGGCAGGCGGCGGCGUGCGAAUCGGCGCCGGCGAUUAAUGCCUGAGUACAAGCGGGCGGCGUGCGCGGGCGGUCAAGCGGUGGCGUGCGCAGGCGCGCGGUAGGCAGUGGCGUGUGAAUCCGCGCCGCCCGCGGACCGACGCCGGCGACGGGCGUGCGCAGGCGCGCGGCAGGCGGUGGCAUGUGAAUCCGCGCCGCCCGCGGACCGACGCCGGCGACGGGACGGCUCACUGCGCCGACGUUAAUGGUUCGCCUAAUCCGCGGCGAAUUAAUGGAUUAGGUUUUAGUACGCGUGGGCCCGCCCUCCUCCUCAUGCGGCGUACACCGCCCACGUACGGGCGUAGAGCGGGCCGUACAGACACGCGCCUCGCUACGCCGCGGAGGGGUUGUACCGAAGAAGAAGUGGAGGAUGAUGUGGUUGUGUGCGUGCAGAGGGCGGCCAUGCCGUGGGCGGCGCGCCUCCUGUCCGUGGCCUGCGUCUCCGUGGCGGCCAAGAUGGAGGAGUACUGCGCGCCGGCGCUGUCGGAGCUCGACGCCGGCGGCGGCUACGAGUUCUGCUUCGCCUCCGUCCGCCGGAUGGAGCUGCUCGUGCUGUCCACGCUCGGCUGGCGCAUGGCCGCCGUUACGCCGUUCGACUACCUCCCUUGCUUCUCCUCCCGGCUCGACCGGCACGACGGUCGCGGCGGCGGCGGCCUUGACCCCGCCGGCGUCGCCCUCAAGUCCAUCGGCUCCAUCUGUGCCACAGCCGAAGCCGGCAGUGUGCUGGAUUACAUGCCAUCUACUGCGGCUGCAGCUGCAAUCUUGGUUGCAUCAUAUGAAGCUCUACUGACCAAAGAAGCACUGGAGUCCAAGAUGGACAAUCUAUCUCCAUCAUGCCCCAUUGAGAAGGUCAAUUUUCGGUGGCUUCACUCAAGGCCGACGAUUGGGCGCGUGUGGUGGCAGUUCGAGGAGUGGCGACAUCUUCUGGUGGAUUGCUGUGUGUGCUUUGGUCUGAAAGUUUGUGAUUGGAAGGAGUGGCAACAUCUUCAGGUGGAAGGAGUGGCAGUUCAAGGACAUCUUCAGCAGUGGUCUGAAUUGAUUCAGGUAGCAGUACCUUCUUCAGAGAUCAGACAGUAGCACCACGGCCACUUGGAUCAACAACAGAUGGUCAGCAGCAGUAGCACGGGCGAUGGAGCAUCAGCAGCAGCAGCACCGCAAGCAGUUAGCAGGAGCAGAGUAGCAGCACGACGGGCAGGCUCAUGGGAGCAGAGUAGCAGGUCCUGCGCCUCACUAGAAUCAAUUUUCUUGAAUUUCUCACUAAUAACACUAGAAUCAAUUUGUUUCCCAAAAUUCUGGAAUCACUUUGCUUGAUUUUCUCACCGGAACCAAUUUGUUUCCAAAAAAACUGGAAUCAUGUACAGGAAUCACUUUGCUUGACACUGGAAUCAAUUUGUUUCUUGUGGAAGGAGGAAUCACCUCGAUCGGGCGGGGAUAGAGCAGCGUCAGGGAAGCAGCGGCGGCGACGGCCCUGCCGCACGGGCAGCGGCGGGGCAGACGAGCAGCAGCAGCAGGGGAAGAUGAGCAGCAGCAGGGGCAGACGAGCUCCACCGGCGGCAGGGGAGAAGCAGCCGCACGGGCGCGCGGGCAGGGGAGAAGGAGCAGCAGGGGCUCGCGCGGGAGAUCGAGGAGGAAGCACGCGAGCUCCUGGUCCAGUUUCCGGCGACGCCCGAAGGGGAUCACGGCCGGGAGGAACUGCGGCGGCGCACGCGCGGGAGCUCGAGGAGGAUUCGCAGGAGCUCAAGGAGGACGCGCUGGAGCUUGAGGCGGGCGCGGGUACGUGGCGACGGCGGUGGAGGACUUCCUGGUGGGCGGCGAAUCGCGCAGCUGGGCGGCGCCGGCCCCCGUCGACGGCGGAGGAAGGCGGAGGAAGAAGACGGGGAUGGAGGCACUUAUUUGAGAUGGUUUUAAAUCUGUGAGGGCUUUUUAGCAAAAUUACAAAUGAACUGAGUCUGCGACAUGUUUUUUGGGACGGAGGGAGUAUUUCGGUAGGGAUGGAGUAGAUGGUAUGCUAGCUCAAAAAAGAAAAAGAGUAGAUGGUAUGCAAACAGCCAAACUAAGUGCAACCAGGCUCGCUGGGAAAGGCUACCAAACACGGCCCUAGGGGCCACGUGCAGCCACUCAAUCCACUUGCUUGUUUUCACUCUUGUGUUUUGGUGGGCACUCGUGCGGACGAAGCAUGGAAGCUCGCGACAUGACCUGGGCUCGCACCCAACAUCAGACCUCUCGCGCCCGCACGCACGCCCCAAGACAUGGCUGGAGGUGGUGCCCGCACCGCACGCCCCGACAGCUUCAUCCGACACGCGGGAACAGGGGAGCUGUGCAUUUCUUCAGUUAAGUUCAGGCCCUCAUUCCCCCAAAUGCAUCAUAUCAUUUGCUUGGUCACCUGGUUAAUUGUUCCAUUGGUUGCUUCUUGGUCACCUGGAUAAUUCUGCUUAUGAUUUGGUGCUUAUGUGGACUCUGCCGUAAUUCAGGUCAAGAAGAUUGUUUGUGGACGCUAGUUUCCAGCCGUUUCAAUUGAUGCACAGACCCCUGAUACAGGAGUAUACUUUUUGAAGGGAUACUGAAGAUGUCAAGGCUUUCAAGCAGGUCUUUAUUUCUUUUUGCUCACACAUGCACUGUCGCAAUGCAUCAUUGAGCACCUACUAAGAUGUUUGAUAAACCUUGACGAUAGCAACAUCACGUAGUUAGAGUUGCUGAUCGGGUACCUCGUUUCUCGCAUACAUGCUUUGACAUAUAUCUGUUGUAAGACGAUAACAUUCAGUGUAUUCUGAACUGUUGGCCUGGUAGUCGCCUGGAACACACAAAUAAGAUUAGCUGAGCUCUAUCAAGUCUGCACCUCAACAAACUGGAAAUUGUCCCCAAGGUUCACCACUGUCAAAAUUCAUAAGCAUAACCCUACAACUGAAAGCCAGGCCUCACCAAAACAACAGGGUAAAGAAUCUAUGGACAUGCCAAGU